AUGUUUUCACCGUCACAUCGAUUUAAAAUUUUCCUAUUAGUCUUAUUGCCAAUCCAUACAACUUCAACUUUCAUCCAAAUUAAGGAUAUUAUCGAGAGAACAUCAAAAGAAAAGGAUAUCUCAACAAUUGCGUUCUUCGGGCAAAUUUAUGAAUUCGAAUUGGAAUUGGUUAUGUUGGCGGAGGCAAACGCAAAUAUACCCAGGAUGUUGUAUAGUGAAUCUUAUGGAGAACUUUAUUUUGCUGGCGACUUUAAUAAGAACAUCCUUUUGGUGGCGUGUAUAGAUCUUUGGCAGAGGUCGAUGUUGAAUAGAAUUGACAAUGCAUUUCGUGGCAUUCAUGCUGCCUCGAGGAGUAUAUUUCUGGUGCCGGGCGAGCGGUAUAAGAAUCUUCGGUAUUUGGUAGAGCAUUUUGAGUGGUGCUGGUCAAGGGGUUUUGUGAAUGUCCUUGUUAUCUUCUUGGAAACCAACGAGACUUUUUCUUACACACCGUUUCCGAGAAUGCAUGUUUUUCGUAGAACACUUGAUGCCGACGAAGGAACGCUGUUCCCGGAUCGAUUUGAUAAUUUAAUGGGGUUUCCGAUUAGAACACCGCUACAGUAUGACCCACCGAGGGUUUACACCUACGUAGACAAUUUGGGUAGACAAAUUCUGACUGGCUACUGCGCCGAACUGUUUUUGGCGUUUUUGCAAAGGCACAACGCCACCUUGGAAGAGGUCCGCAUCAAUAAUUCCACGGACUACAACAUGCCCGCAAUAGUCCAGCUCAUCAAUAGGGCCAAGAUUGACAUAAGCAUUCACACGUACAUGGACAUUGGUGGGAUUCGGUCGAGUUACCCUGUCCGCAUGAUGCAGUGGUGCAUAAUGGUUCCCAGUCAAGGAGAGAUCAAUGCUUAUUGGUAUUUCAUUCGACCAUUCCAGCUGCAGUUGUGGUUAAGCUGCUUGGGAGUCCUGAUUGGGUUAUCGUUCUUGGUGGCUUUGGAAGAGAGAUUGCAGGGCGUGCAUUACGACUUUGGAAGGUCAUGUUGUGAUGUGUUUCGGUUCUUUCUGUGUUUGCCUAGUAAUGAUUCAAGACCAUUUGAACUUCGUAGAGGUUUUCGGAAGAUCUUGAUCUUCAUGCUUGGCUUUAUGCUUACCAACUUGUAUCUAGCUUACUUAACAAGUUUCUUGGCUAAGAUCAUCUUAAAGCCCCAAAUACAAACACUUGCGGAAUUGGUCACAAAAAACAUAAGCAUCCUAACACUGGACUUUGAAAUUCCCAUUGUUCUUAAGAAUAGAGGUCUCCCUGAGGGUUUUGAACGGCUUUUAGUUCCGAUAUCUGCCACGACAAUAUCCCGACCCGAACAUUUGAUGAAUAACCGCAGUUUGGCCUACACCAUAACCGAUGAUAAGGCGAUGUUUGUUCUGAUGCAACAAAUUCACCUAAGGCAGCCACGGUAUAAAAUUGUAGACGAAUGUGUGUCAACUAUUCCGAUCGGCUUCCUUCUGGCCAAACAGUCAUCGUUUGAGAAAAUUCUAAACCGUUUUAUCUUGAGAGCUAGUGCUUGUGGAUUUAUUUACAAAUGGUGGAGUGAUAUGUAUGCGACAGGCUUGAAAGCUGGAAUUUUAAAGGUCAUUCCAUCGACGGGAAAGCAAACAUUGCCACUGACAAUGCAACAUUUUCAAUUUGCAUGGAUCGCUUUGGUUGGAGGCUUGUUGCUUGCAACAAUUUGUCUAGUUUUGGAGAAGAUUGUGCACAUGGUUCGGAGAUUUAGAGUUGUUGUUGUUUAUCAGUAG